AUGGUCGACGCACGCCUUGACGACGCCCGCGAGGCGGGCAGCAAGCUGCUGAGCAAGGGCAGCCGCUGGCGGACCAAGUACUUUGCCAAAGACGACGCCGCCCCGCCCGAGGAGCCGCGCACGAAGCGCGCCGAGACCUUCAAGCUCAACGACGACAUCAACGACUUCCUCAAGCCCUCGACCGACCGCGCCCAGCAGCAGGCCGCCGCCGCCUUUCUGUCGACCAAGCCGCGCAUCGACACCACCCGCGCCCAGCGCUGGCCCGGCGCCCAUGAGAUCCUCAGCAGCGCCGCCGCCGCCAGCAAGAGCCCUGGCCCUGGUGGCCUGCGGACGGGCACACGCAAGCGCGGCCUGACGGUCAGCUUCGCCCGCACCACGCCCGACGUCAUCGGCCACGGCGGCGACGAGUGCGAGGAGCCGUCGUUGCUGGUGUCGCGCCGCAAGAAGGCGAACAGCCAGCCCGCCGCCGCCCCGCCGGCCCCAGCCUCGCCGCCGCAGGUCCAGGACGACACCAAUGUGGCCGCCCGCACCCCGCAGUUCAACGGCAUGACGCGCUCCGACUCGCAGACGUCGCAGACGGCCGCCCCGCGCAACAGCUUCACGCGCACCCUCACCAACCAGGGCGAGAUGUCGCCGCCGCUGCAGCAGAAGCUCGAGAUGGGCCACAUCAACACCCACGCCCAGCCGCCGCCGCCCGCCGCCCACCGCAUGGGGCCCAUGGGCCUGGGCGAGCGCCCGCGCGCCCUCGCCCGCACGCCGACUGGCUUCGACCUGAUGCAGCAGGACCCGCCCGCCGCCCGCCGCCCCAGCAAGGACUCGGCCUACUCAGCCUACUCGCAGGACUCGGACAACAACGUCUCGCCCAUCCUCGAGCGCAAGGCCCCCGUGCUGCCGCCCAUGCAGGAGGAGGAGGACGACUUCCGCCCCAAAGCUCUCAAGCGCUCGCAGACCGGCUUCACUGACAUGGGCGACGACUCGGACAACUCGCCGGUCGAGCACACUCCUAUGCCACAGCUGCCGCGCCUGCCGGAGAUGCGCUCGGUCGAGCAGGAGGAGGAGUCGCCGCUGGAGUCGCGAGCUCUGCUGGCGGAGCGCUUCUUACAGAGCGAGCCAGAGGACCCCAACUCCUUCUCUGCCAAGGUCAAGCACAAGAUGAGGGCCGACGAAGGGCGGGCGCUACACGAGGCACAGCAGCGUGCUGCUGAGGGGAAGCGUGGCUCGGACGCCAGCUCGAUGCAGUCAGACCCGUUCCAGGUGGGGACGCCCCCAACGACCUACAACUCGUACAUGGGCAAGUCGCCGCCGUCAGCACCGCCGGUCCAGCCGUCGCACCAGUCGCCUCCCCAAGCCCGACCCUUACAACCCUCUCAACAAUCGCCGCCACGAGGCUUGGAUGCAGAGGAUCCAUACCGGUCAAGAGCACGCGGGCCAUCGCCCGGACGGAGGCCAAUGCCCCCAGGCACGUUUCCCCUCGACACGGACCAGCAUCAGCCCUCGUCUUCGGUCUCCACACACCAGAGCAGGCCCUCAGACGCACAGUCGUCGUCAGACCCCUUGUCUGCCACCACCGCCUCCUCUGUCCAAGAAACUGGUAUCAUAGGAGCAUCCUCGGCCAGACAACCUCAGUCGGCUGCCGACGAACUUCACCUUGACACACCAACAGCUCUACUGCCCGCCCAACCCCCAUCGCAAUCACAGCCGCCGCCGCAGCCCAGGACACAAAACUCCUCUUUCUCCCAGUCACAAGGCUCCAUGUCGCACCCCGCAGAAUCAGCCUUCACCAUCCGGCCAAGGCAGGACAUAAGUAUGAGAUUGGGUGGUUCUCUCGCCCGGUCGGACACGAGAAUGCUCGGCGAUUCUGCCUUCAAGGAAUUUGCAGAGCGUGUCAAACACAUGAACGGCAUCUUUGCGCUGACCUCACAGCUCGUCGGCAAUAUCCACGAUCACUCCCCGUCGAAAUGGGCGCGAGUCGCUACGUGGUGGUUCUUGAAGGGCCGUGCUGGCAUGGAGAAUCUUAUUAGGAGUCGACCUAAGACUGCAGAGCCGCAACCGGAGCGCCUCACCCAGCCACACGUGGAUCUGGCCAAAGCGCUCUGGGUAUGUGCUGAGGUUCUGCCGGGACACCCCGCCCUCGCCUCGUACGCUGGUCAGCCUGAGGAUAACAAAACGGAUGCAGCCAGACAGGCUGGCGACAUUUUAGCUACUGAGGCUUUUGAAACCAAAGCUGCCAUCUUCCACUACAUGAAACUCUUGACUGGGUCAAUGAAGAAGCAUCAGAGCAUGCCACCAACAGCAGCCCUCAUUCAGGGACAAAACCAGAGCAUCUGGGAGGAAUACCCAAAUUUUGACCCAAUCGCUGCGAGCGUCCUAUCUGGCGCAAAAUACAAGCACGCAAGAGCUGACUCGCAUCCAACCCUGUCACAUUACCUGCCUCUGACUGAUACAAAGAGCGAUUUCUGCUAUUUCAGGAUGUUCGCAACAGCGACCAUGUCGACCGACGACAUCAACACUGACCGUACUCCCAUGUCUACUGCAAUCACCAUACUGCGUAAUAAGGAAGAGUACUCAACCAAGCUUGCUAUCUGUAGCCAGAACGAGGAUCUCAACCUGAUUGUAGGGCUAAAUCCUGCCGCCGGACCCACGUGGAAAGACAUCAGCUGGAAGAAGCAGUCGCGGCAGCUUGUCCUCCAAUUGCAUCACGGUUACGUCCUCAAUCUUGAGCUGAGUGAGCCGGAUUGGCGUAAUCUGUGGGCAAUUGUAGAUCAUACCAACCGAGUGGAAUCGAGUAUGAGGGCGCGGGCUAACGAGAGCUUCUCCUGCAAGCUCUACCUCCGCGAAGCGAGCUACAAGGACCCAGCCAACCCCGCAGCCUUCCCGCCGGAACGUGUUCACGGUUGCAAGCUUAUGGUUUUUGAAAAGUUUGAUCGCAGCAGCGAAGGCACAGGAAAGCGCAAACUGCACCGAGGCUACAGACUGGUGCUGGUCACAGCGCAAAAGAACAAGCAGCUGAGUUUCGUCGAACACGAAUUGGGUACAAAGCAAGAGCCUAUGAACUUUGAGUACGUGACCGAGAACGACCAAUCUCCAGCAAUGAGGUUGCAUUUCCGCGAAGGCACUGCAGAACAGAGACCCAGGGUCUGCACAGUACACCUAGUCUUUAAUGAUGCCAACGACCGAAAUCAUUUGUUCGGCACGUUCACGUCUAUGAACAUUGCGCCCGGUGAGAUGACGUUCGCCCAGGUGCCACUCAAGGCUUUCAGCAUUGAGAGUGCAGACCAGGCAGAUGCGUUCAGCGCCGCCGGCAGCCGCGUGCUCCAGAAACUACAGUGGCAGGAAGCUAAGACGGUAAACCAAGACCCCGAGGAAGCUGGCCUUGAAGCCGCGCCUACGGUCAUGAGCGAGAGUCUGAGGAUCGUAUGUCGACACAGCGCAGGCAUCAUUUCGGAUCGCAUGAAUCUCGGUCCCGGUGAGAUUCUCGUCCGCCUGCCAAACGAUGGCUCCACAGAUCUCAUGCUCCUCCGCAAUCCGCAGCAGGAUAUGGCCGUCGCAGUCGACGGCAGCCGCACAGAAAAGGACGUUCCUGACGCCCUUGCCGAGCUACUGCGCACGCUAACAAACGCGUCGACCAUCCGACGUCUGGCUUUCAACUCUUCCAAAGACUUGCACACGUUCCAAUUCGCCGUCACCGGAUUUGAGGUCAAGUUCGAUGGCAUCGCCAGCACGUUCUCUAUCUCCCGCCGACGCAUGGUGGUUCCAAUAUACAAGCAGUGGACUGCGAACACCAUCCGACUGCAAAUUGUGCAGCAGGACAAUGUGCUCCAGCUGCUCGCCUUCUUCGAGGACUUCUCGCACGCCGACGCCAUGAACUUCAAGCUCUCGAGCAUGGACACAUUCGAGAAGAAAGACAGCGGUGGCAAAUACGGCGUCAAGCUCGUCGACGCCAAGUUCGCACUGCCCGUUGACCAACGCCGCGGCGAAGGCAAAAUGCAGAAGGCAGAGGGCAGACUCACCGGCUGGGUCGGCGUCAAGCGCCGCUUCGUAUGCCUGGACGAAAUUGAGUAUCCUGGCGAGCACGACGACAUCCUGAUCAUGUUCGACAGCGCAGAGGCUCGCGACCGCUUCGCCGACGCCCUGCCCGCGGCCACCAUGGAGCGCAAAUUUACCGUCCGCCGCAAGAUAUAG